UGUCUUUCAUCUUGCAAACGAGCAGGAAUGCGGAGAAAGAAUUGUUCACAAAGGGGUGUAUGCAACUGUGUACAUCUCUACGCCCUAUGCAGUUUACUGUCUCAAAGCAUCAAAUUACAGUCUAACGUUAUUUUUCCCAUAGCCGUCUGACUGUCAAGGAAGGUGGAAUCUAUUUGCGUUUUUUUUUUCCUUCAGCGAGUGGGAGGAUUCGGGACCACAGCCAAGAUGUGACAGAAGCAGUGGAACGCUGAGCAAGAAAAGUAAUAAUUACUGAACGUCGCAGAAAGAAAAGUUUGCUUGCAACCAGAAAAGGGUAAAGAAAAGGAAUCCAAAUGGCGGAACAGUACUCGGAUCUGGAGAAGGCCAUCAACACCAUGGUGUCAAACUUCCACUCAGCAGCCGCGAAUAAUGGCCCCACGCUAAAAAGUGACGAAUUCAAAGGUCUCCUUUCUUCCCAAUUGCCCAAUCUAGCUAAGACGUCAGGCUCAGACGCAGGGAUGGGGGAGAUCCUGCAGCAGAUGGGGGUGAAAGAUGGCGAGGACAUCUCCUUCAAGCACUUCUGGAACCUCAUCCAGACCAUGGCCACCAAUCAGCAUGGGCUUCUGAGCCAUGAAAAAGUGUCCAAGUGUGGAUGUGUGUUAUUGUGAGAGCCGAACCAGAGCUGGGUCAUCAGGCAUAGGGACCAACCACCGUAAAGCUCAUUGAGCUCCGAUGAUCAUGUGUUUUUUUUAGUUUUUUGUUUUGUUUCAGUAGCAUCUUUUAUCCAAGUAAUGACAUAUCAGACAAACUCCUUGAGCACAGAUAAUGUAACUUCUGCUUGGUAAUAUGCUUUACCAUUAUGCAUCAUAAAAGAAAAUGUCUGCAUUGCCUUGUGUGCCUUCAGAAGUGUUUACGGUACAGACUGGAAUUCAGAACACCAUUGAAGCUUAGUAUUGAAAGGGAUUUUUUUUGUUUUUAAAUAAUAAAGGACUAUGUUGGAGAGAUAAGUACCAGGUUUUUUUUUAACCAGUUUUGAAGACAAAUUCUGAAUUAAUUUUCAUUGUAAGAUGCAAAUUGAGGUAACCCCUCUUACAAUGUUGAAACAAGAUAUGCAUCCUGCAUCCUAAUGAUUUCCUCUUUAUCUUUAAACUACAAAAUUGUAUUCACAAUAAGCACAUUAAGCCAUCGAUGGCCCUUGUAUUGUCUGUGGUAAUAUCCUGCCAAUUCAAAUUAUUCAACAUUUCAAUGUUGUAACAAACUGUUCAAGUACAUCAGUUGCCUAUUAGAUGAAACAACAAUUGACAACAAUUGACAUAAAAAGUCAUGGGGAUUGUUUCGGAGUAUUACUUAUCCCAAGGAAACUGGUGAACUAUACUCUCAAAUUGUAUUUAUAUUUUGUAUUGUUUUCAUUUUCUGUGGCCAACAUCUAAGGUGUCUGUUAUCCCAGAAAUGACAGACAAAAUAAAGUUUAAAUGGUAACACAGA